AUGGACGAACUCCUCAUCGACUCUGAAGAUAUUAUCACUCUUUGCACAAACCGACUUCUUAAUAAUUACAACAGACCUGCUAACACACUUCUUUCUGAUAUUAGCCAUGCGCAAAGUUCCUCGGGAGGCAAGAUCAAAUUAGCUUUAGCAUCUAGCAGUAAGAGCCAUAGCUAUAGAUUGAAAACUUCGAGCCUGGAGACGAAGCAGUUGUUAGAUUUCUUCCAGCCAGAACAUCAGAUUCUGGGCGGCAAUGCACGACUAUAUAUAGGUCGAGGGAAGACCGCACCUAACGUAUGUCUAAUGGCGUUAGAAUCAUUGAAUUCAGCGCAUGAUGCAGAGGAUACGAUUAAGCCUGACGAGUGCUUAGUAUUUGAAGACAGUGUAACAGGAGUAGAAGCUGGGAAAGUGGGGAUGGAUGUGCUCGGAGAUGAUUGCCAAUUAUGGGAAAUUGAUGAUGGUUGGACUGAAAGAAUGUCUGGGCUUGGCUCCCCAUAUCACACACGCCAUGUUGUCCAAUUUUCUAUGUAA